GCGGAUCUGAGAGUGGGUCGCCAAUUUAUCUUUGGGCGAAGAAGAAGAGGUGGCGAUGUAUAUCCCCAAGGAUGAACAGGAAGCCGCUAUGAGAGCGUGGGACGCAGAAGUAGAUGUGAUAAAGCGGCAGGCGAUGGAAGAUGAGAAGAGGAUGGAAUGGAGAUUGGCAGUGAUGAGGGAGAAGAAGAGGAGAGUGGACGUGGCAGCGGAGGCGGCAGAAGAAUUAGAGGAGGUAAAAAGGAUCGAGGAGCAAUUAGCCGCCCAGACCGAACUCCCAGCCCAAAUGCGAGUUAUAGCCCGAAAUGUUGCACGCCUGGCCCGAAUUCAAGCAAAGCAAUACGAUUUCAGUAGGAGUCAGCAUAUAGCUGUACGUUUGAUACGAUUGGGAUCUCGGGACUUUGCUCGUGAGUUAGUGGGCGCUGUAGGAGCCGAGGUUGGCCAUCGCCUCGACAAGACUGAGCGGUUUUGCGCUGGCGCCAUUGAGGGCGUCAAGGCGGCAGCUCCCAAGGAGGAGGAACCACGCCCGCCGCCUAGAGAGUCAGUCAAGGUCAAAUUCCCUGAUUCCUAUACUGGGAAAAGGGAAGAGAACUUUGACAAUUGGGAGGCCAAUGUCAAGACCUAUGUGCAUCUGCAAGAGGUCUCCCCGAAUCAGCAUGUCUUCAUUGCGAUCCACGCGCUGAGAGAUGAGGCCGCCAGUUUUGCAAGGUACCUAGUGCGCGCCGCUAACUGCAAUGAUGAUGCAGUUACCUAUUCGGCAUUUACGUCCCUCACUGAGUUCAUGAGACUGCUGCGCGAGCGAUUUGCAGAUGUCACUCGAAGUGUCAAGGCCUCAGAUAGGCUCCAGACAAUCCACGCUCAUAAGUGGAAGAGUGCCAGGGCACUCAAGAGCACGAUGGAUAAACUAAUCGUUGUUCCUGACCAUGGGGUCACAGACACCCAAUUGGUCGGCCUCUUCUACCGAGCUAUCCCCGAAGCCUUGCGAGGGCACUUCGUCGCGAAGAGCGAAGAUCCGGCCACUACUUAUGAUUCUCUCAGUCAUGAAGUGGUGGCCUUUGAAGCCAAGUCUGCAUCUGUGUCUACCUUUUGGCACAAAGACUUGGACAAGGGAAAGCAAUGGAAGGGCCGCAUUAUCUCUGGGCAGGUGAAAACUAAGGAUAGCCUUAUCCUAACUUUAGAUGAAGGUAGUGUGGAUGAGAUCCCCUACGAUCAGAUUGAGUGGGGGUUAGAGGAGGAGGGCAGCGGUGUAGGCCAGGGGAGGACUUACGCUGCUCUCGCGGUUGGAGGGAGGCCGCAAGGCGGAGGACGAGGCCAAGGCCAAGGAGGCCGGGCCUCAGGGAGCCGGUUUCAGGGCGGCCAGGGGCUGGCGGCAGGGGAGGAAACCGCCAAGCGGGAGGAAGGGGUCAAGGUCUUGGAGAAGCUGAGGGAAGUUAACUUCAAGAUCAAUGCAAAGAAGUGCGAUUGGGCAAAAACCCAAGUUUUGUACUUAGGCCACGUCUUAGAUGGAGACGACGUUAAGCCAGAAGAUAGCAAGAUCGCAGCGAUCAGAGAUUGGCCCACGCCACGUACGCUGACAGAGUUGCGCUCGUUCCUGGGCUUAGCUAAUUACUACCGGAAGUUCGUGAGGAACUUCUCGACCAUCGCUGCGCCCCUUCGCAGAUUGUUGAGAAAGGAGACCAUCUGGAAGUGGGAUAAGGACUGCACGACUGCCAUGAAGAAGUUAAAGCAGACAUUGAUAGAGUAUCCAGUCCUUAAAGUCGCCGAUCCGUCCUUGCCCUUUGUCGUCACGACCGAUGCGAGUCAAUACGGCAUAGGCGCAGUGUUACAGCAAGACGAUGGCAAUGGGUAUAGACCCGUAGAGUUCAUGUCCGCCAGGAUGCCUUCAAAGAAGGUCGCGACAUCUACCUAUGAGAGGGAACUCUACGCUCUCAAGCAAUCCUUAGACCACUGGAAGCACUACUUGCUUGGGAGGCACUUCAAAAGCCUGUUUGAACGAUUGCAAGCAAACGAUCACCCGGUCAUAUUUCUGUCUCAGCAAUACCGCAUGCAUCCUGAAAUUAGCCAUUUUCCAGCACAAUACUUUUACAAGGCUGAGCUUUGCGAUGCCCCCAUCAUCACAAUGCGGCCACAGAUGUUUGCAGGCAGUCUUUGUGUCAGGGAUAUGCUUGGAUCGGAUUUCAAGUUCACUUUGGGCCCCUAUCGGUUUCUUGACGUGGACUGGGGACAAGAGCAGAAGUCACUGUCCAAAUCCAUGAAGAACAAAGCAGAAGUCGAGGUGGUGGUUGCUAUUGCGAAAGCUCUCCAGAAUGUGCUGUGUACAUGGCAAGGUAGUCAGGGAGACAUGGGCAUAAUCACGCCGUACGUCUCUCAAAAAAACAGCUUCGUGAAGGCACUGCAGGACUGUCGUUUCAGAGAGGGUCAGUUGGAGAUAAACACAGUGGAUGGGUUUCAGGGGCGAGAGAAAGAUGUCGUGAUCGUCUCGAGUGUGAGGUCGUCAACCCUGCAGGGAAUAGGUUUCCUCUCCAAUCCACGGAGGAUGAAUGUUUCGCUGACAAGAGCCAGACAUUGCCUGAUCUUGGUUGGCAACGCAAGAACUCUGUCGAAUCAUAGUUCCGCCUGGAGAUCGCUCAUCCAAGAUGCAAGGGAACGUGGAUGUUACGAGCCUGUGCAGAGAGGAAAGGUGUCUUUGCCGUCCCCGGUCCAGAUGGGGGUGCCAAGGCCGGACAAAGAACAGCCACGUGCGGAGGUUAUGAAUCCGCUAGGCUCAGAGAUGUCUACAUCCCACGGGGCAAAGUCAGAUCCCUCUCAUUCUCGUGCUGGACCCAGCCACGUAAAAGGUUCUUAUCGCAACACGAAAUCCAGCGACGGAGGUGGGAAUCAUGCCGGACAGAAGUCAUUCGAUAGCAAAGGGAAAGGUAGGGUGGAACCAGAAGACGAGCUACAACCCGACAAGAAGGUUAUAUGGACGAACGGGACGAAACUGGGUGGGAAACCUAAUCGACAAGGGGUAAAAGAGAGCGGUGAAGUCCUGAUGUCUACUGGAGGUCUGCCGCAAUCCCAUGGAAAGCAGCCCGCAGAAUGCCCAGAGAUCCGUAAGCGGAUGAGAUUCACAGCCCCCCCGUCGGCCCACGAUGACAUCGCCAGCAAAGUGGACCUCGGAAGGGUUAAGCAAGAACCGCAGGACGAAUGGGCGGAAGCUCCACAUAAUGAAAAUGGCAGUUGGAAAAGGGCAAAGCCAUUUCACAAGCAUGGAAGCAUGAUGCGCGGCAGUAUCCGUAAGCCAGGUGGUGGACAGUGGCACCCUAGUCAUUCGAUGGCAAAGCAGCGUUCAAAAACACAGAAGCAAUUUCGGGCAGCAAAGCAUCAGUCACAGCCGAAGAGAUGAGAGGGACAGCACAGGGCAGAGUAGUGGGGUCAAUGACUGAUGCUCCUACGCCAUGCAAUAGGAGUAUCCCUGGGAAAUUACUUUGUAAGCUUUGGGAGGUAACUGACAAUAGAGCAAGGAACAAGGCAAGGAAUCGUUAUCCCCUGUGUGAAGUACACAGAGGUUCAGACCAGUGAGCAGUUGAAGCUUCCAAUAGACGACAGCUUACAUGCGUUUCCCGGUCAAUCAGUGGCGACAUAGAAGAAGAAAGAAUUCCGAUCCCAACAGCACAGAGAUCUGUGCAAUGUGCAAUUAUGACCAGUCGAGUGAAGAUGCAAUACUCUGCCUUCUGAUCUGCUCUGAAGCGAUCUGGUUCCUCGACGGAAUGGAAACCAUUGGGUCCUCCAUCGCCCAUCCAUCUUUUCAUCAAGAUUCAAGACCCUUCACACCCUGCAACGAACGAUUUCAUCAUGGCUUAGCUUGGUCAAUAAUGCUACGCUGUGAACGAUCUAGAAGAGAAGAUGUAUGAACUUUGAGGACUACGUAUGGCAUUGAAAUGGAUAAAGACACCGCCUGGGCCCAGCUAUGCGAAAUGGUGGAUGUGGAGAACCACUGUGAAUGGAUGAUGGAUAAUAAAACAAAGUGCAUUCGGAUUGGAAAAGGAGACUCUCCGGAGGGAUGUUGGCUAGUUGGGGGUAAAGUUGCGGACACUCCAGAGGAUCGCAGAGGGUGGUAUCGUAUGAAAGGGGGGAGUCCGAGUCAGAAAAGACUGCAGGGCCUCGGUCUGCAAUCUAGUUACAAGACAUCAUCAGUAAUCCGGUGAACUGAUCGCAGCUGAAUGAGGGGAGCUCUGUUGCGCGAUUGUAGGUUUGAUGCUUCUUCUCACCACGUGAUCUAGCAUGUCUUCCAUGGACCGUUGAGUAUGUUUUCUGCUGUCCACAUGAUUGGAAACCCGAUACUCACCGUUGAACUUUGUUUUGCCGAAAGGUCGAUGGGAAUUAUUCUCUGCAGGAGGCGCUGACUGGAGUGGAAUGCCGGAGUAGCUUCAUGUGCACGGAAAAGUCCACUUCGCUGGGUGCUGAUCGGAAUUCUUGGUACUGUUGGACCAGCCAGGAAGCACCUUCGUCAGGAUGGAAGUAAGCCUUGACGUCCUCUGAUGUGGCCAUUCGUCAACAAGUUCUGACAAAGCGUCAGAGUUUCUCGAUGCCGCAACGAUCCUGAGACCACUUUUACGCCGCCUUCGAGCUAGAGAUGACUGUGUAUAUUCGAUAGUUACCCAUUGAAAAUUUGAAAUCUGAUAGUCAAUAGUUUUGGGUUGUAGAAUUUUGCGUUUGGUGAUUGCAGGGUAGGCACCAGCUUGUGGCGUCCAGUUCACGAAGUCGUACUUGAGAUUCGCUCCCACCAGGGUGCUUGUGAAUGCAUUGGGUGACGGCCAUCUCAUUUCCACUCGAUCUACCUGCAGUAGAGAAGGAACCAGUUGUGUGAGUAUAGCUUCACUCACUUCAGAAUACCCUUUCUCCUGGUGCCCCCAGUGGCCAGUCCUUGCUGCCCGAGCCUCUACGAACAAAUGUGGCUCGAAACC